UAAUUUCAUAUACACAUUAAACAUUUUAGAUGAAAAUGUUAGUAUAUUAUUGGGAUAUUUUAUGAUGAUGUGAUGUAUUCAAAUGGUCACAAUGCCAGAGGUUUCCACUCAAAAGAGAAACUCAGCAGGGAUUAGUCCCACGAAACUGGAACGUCAUCAAUCUGCCCUUAAAACAACACUGCAUGUGUUUCUUCCUAAUGGGGAGUUUAGGGCUGUCAAGUUUGGGGAUAAUUCAGACUUAAAGAGUAUAAUUGACAUCGUCACUCGAAGACUAGGUGCUAAUAUUUCACUUUCUUCAAAGUUUUAUGGUAUAAAAUUUGAGCAUGUGGAAACAAAAGCAUUUUUUUGGUUAAAUCCGGCUUUGACGAUGACUGAUGUUAAAAAUAAAUUUGAAAAUGAACACAAAGAUGAAAAAUGGAGAUAUAACUUGCGGAUUCGUUAUUUACCAAUUGUUUUCAAAGACCUGUAUACCAUUGAUAAAACAACAUUUUAUUUUUUGUAUGACCAGAUUCGCACAGAUUAUAUGAAAAAUAUAGCAGAAACUGUUGAAACAAGUUUGGCUUUUCAAUUGGGAGUGCUGGAAAUGAAGCGCUUUUUUAACAACAUGCCACAAUCUGCCUUGGAUAAAAAAUCAAAUUUGGAUUUUAUUGAGAAGGAAAUUGGUUUAGAAAGGUUUCUGCCAAAUACAGUACUGGAUCAUAUGAAAAACAAAGACAUACGCAAGAAAAUACAGACGCUUUUCAAGCAAUAUGCAGAUUACAAAGAAGAUUUUUGUUGCUUCGAAUUUUAUAAGUUAUUAUUGAGUGUACAUAGAUUUGACUUAGAAGCAUAUAAAUGCUCCCUAGGGAGUGUAUGGUCAAUUGCAGUAGAUGUUGUUAUUGGUCCUAAUGAUGGAAUUAGCUACAGACCUGAACAGGGGUCGAAAAUCACAAACAUGGCACAUUUUAAAGAUAUCCGUUCUAUAUAUACAUCUAAAGUUGGUGCCAUGCCUGGAAAAGCAAACUUAAAUAUACAAGUGGAAGGAAAUAAUGAGCCACUCGUUUUUCUGGUUGAUCCGAUUUCAAAAGCUACAGAACUUGCAGAUUUGAUUGAUGGUUACUGUAGUAUUGUUAGUUUUCAUCAACCAAAGUCAUUAAUAAUAAAACGUGCUGAUAGUUAUCGAACGUUGCCGUCAGUGCCUAAAGUUGCAGACAGUGAUAGUUCGAACACAAGCUCUGUUAGCAUCAUCAACCCACGCCUGUCGCAAGGUUCUUUGUUGUACAAUAACAGUAAAAACGGAGAUUUUAAUGAUUAUGCAGAAAUUGCGGAUGAUGAUGAUGAAAGUGAUUAUGCACACCCAAUGUCAGCAAAAGACUAUGAAGUGGCUAGAGAUGAUUUGACAUUAGAUGAAAUCAUAGGUCAAGGUCAAUUUGGUGAUGUUUAUCAAGGCACUUUCAAAUCAAAAAUUAGUUCUGCUGAGAUCCCUGUUGCAGUCAAAACGUAUAAAAUUGAACUUGACAAAGAGCAAGAAGAUGGUACAAGAGCAGAAAAGUUUCUUGAAGAAGCUUAUCUGAUGCAACAAUUUGAUCAUCCACAUGUUAUUAAGCUAAUUGGAAUUGUAUCAGACAGCCCAAGUUAUAUUAUUAUGGAGCUGGCUUCCUAUGGGGAGCUACGUUCAUACCUACAACAGUACAGAACUCAAACAGAAUCUGAAAGGUUGCUGACAUACAUAUAUCAACUUUGUACAGCGUUGUCUUAUUUAGAAAGUAGAAAUUUUGUUCAUAGAGACAUAGCAGCUAGAAAUAUACUUGUAGCAGACCCCCAUACAAUUAAACUUGCGGAUUUUGGACUUUCUCGAUGGAUUGAUGAAGAGCAGUCAUAUUAUAAAGCGUCUAAGGGCAAAUUACCUAUAAAAUGGAUGGCUCCAGAAUCGAUAAACUUUCGUCGUUUCUCAUCUGCAUCAGAUGUAUGGAUGUUUGGUGUUUGUUGUUGGGAAAUACUCAUGUACGGUGUUAAGCCUUUCCAAGGUGUUCCUAAUGAGAAAGUAAUUGGAAAAAUAGAGAACGGUGAAAGGUUACCACUGCCUCCAAAUUGUGCACCGACUCUGUAUCAUCUGAUGACAGAAUGUUGGCAUUAUGAACCAUCAAAGAGACCCACUUUUCAAGAGCUGAAAUCAAGAUUAUCGCAAAUAAAAUACGAAGAAAGUUUUUCAGGCCAGGAAAGAAAGAAAAAAGAAGACAGAAGAAUUAAAAUGAAUUCAUUUGGGAGUGACGAAGCAUUUGCUCCACCGAAGCCUGCGAGACCAACUGGUAGGAUUGAACCAUUGUUUUUAAAUAAAUCGCAAACGCUUCCAAGGAAUUUGCGUCAAUCACCAGAAACCGCGCUUACAAGUAUGAGCACUUCGACUUUACCACGACCAGUUACAAAAAAUGAAAGUCCUUUUAUUGUUCAGAGAUUAUCAUGGUCUGGUGCAAGGCAUCAUGCCAGACAGGAGAAGCAGAAACGCGAAGCAGACGACAAAGCGAAGUUGAUUCGCAAAACAAGAGCGGAGCAAGAAAGUCUUCGUCGCAAAUUAAAUGAGCAAAAAGAACAGUCUGAUGCAGACAGCCAGUGGUUGAUGAGCGAAGAAGUCGCCAGCUACGCCGAGGUGCAGCCUUCUGCUGAUGAUCAAAACUUUCAGAGGCAUAGUUGGAAAGAUGGGUUACACCCAAGCGGAUCCAAAUCCGAUUCGGAACAACUUGGUUAUGAUUUAUUUAAAGAAGAUUUUGCUCGGGAUAUAAUCGAAAAGAAAGCGAAAAGAAACUCGACCUUACGAAGAAGCAUACCACUAUGGGGAUUCGAGAGAAAUGAUUUCACUAACGAAAAGAAACCUUCUCCCCUUGCAAGAGAAGAUCCACCUCCUACGACCCCUCCAGGGAAUGAGUCGGCAAUAGAACCAUCAUCACCUUCUGUAAUAAGUACUGAUAAUGUACGUGAUGAGGACAUACAACCAGUAGCCGAUGUUGUUGACAGUGCUAAACCAAAACUCUCCCGAAGCAAUUCUGCUUCAGAUACCUAUGCUAAACCAAUUAAAAAAAAAGAUCGUCUCGAGGAAACAAUUCCCCGUUGCAACACAACUGGACAAAUUGAAAAUAAGAACAGCUCGCCACGUUUGAGAACUAGGUCGGAACAAAAACCGACUAAGAAGGAAAAGCAAGAAAACAAAUCUACAGUGGAUGUGGUGUACCAACAUACGACAAGCGUGGUAAAGUCAGUUAUUGAGUUAAAUACAGGUGUCCAGCAUGCGCAGCCUGAAGAAUUUGUUGACUUAGUCAAAGUUGUCGGCUUAAAUCUUCGCGACCUUCUUGCCGAAGUUGAUAAAGAGAUUCAACUCGUACCUUCAAUAUCACAAAAAGAGAUCGAAAUGGCGCAUAAAGUUUUAUCCUCAGACAUGGCUGAACUGGUGAACACAAUGAAACUAGCGCAAAAAUAUGCAGACACAACAUUAGAUCAGCAAUAUAGACGUAAUAUGUUAGCCGCUGCCCACGCGCUCGCCAUAGAUGCUAAGAACCUUUACGAUACUUUUUCGAAACUUAAAAAUAAAGUUCUUGAAGAGACGGAAGAAGAAGAAGAAGAGGAACAAAAGAAAGAAGUGGAAAGUUUAGUGGAAGAAGCGUUACCUAACUAAACUUGACUGUAGCUAGUGUCCAGCUUGAAGCUCACUAUAUAAUGCAGUCGAAAGAGAAGUGAUUCCUCGAAUGCUUUAAUUUUAGACAAGUAGAGAAAGUAUUGAGGGUCUAUUUAAAAGUAAACUUGAACUAUAAGUUUAACAAAAUCAUGCGUGAGAAGAAAUACGUCUUUAACAUAAUUAAGCAGUAUUUGUCUAUGCUUUUGUUUACAUUCUUACAAUUACAAUACCUCAUAAAAUUGUAUCGAUUUGUACCGUGUGAGUAUCGAUUUGUUUCGUAUGGCGUCUUAAGCCCAUUUUUCAACAGUUGUUACAUUUAAGGUUGAGUAAAAUGCCUCGUCUCCAAUUAGGAGAAGAAAAAUGUCGUAUUUCGUGAAAAGUUUGAUUGUUAGGAAGGCUUUUCCCAACUUUAAAUGUAAUUUUUGCGUCAAGGCAAUCAUUGAAAAUGUCGGUUUGUGUGAAGGGUUAGUUUUAGGAGCUUUUUUAAUUUUCGAAGUUGUACAAUUUAAAUCUAUACCGAUGAUUUAUCUGACUUUGCACAGUUACAAGAUCGUCUAUUUGUUCUAUUUAUAUUCAUUAUUCACCGUUUGUCUGUUUUUAGCAUUUUUAUACUUUAAUUUAGUAUUUUUAAAUGAUACAGCCGCGCCCUGGGUGAUAUUAACAUACAACAUUGGCCCUCGUUACGCUCGCUUUAAUGGCAGGUUUGGUCAUGAGAGCUCGACUGUGAACAAAAUUACGUCUGUAACAACGGGCGCCAAUUUAGGGCCAAUGGGGUAGUAGUGCCAAGACUCAUAAAUAGGUGAAUUUCGUCUAAAGUAGAUUUUGUUUGUUCUUUGUCGCACAAAAGAAAACAAAGCCCGUCUUAAAUCUUUCCCUGGCGUCUGCACGAAUUAAUUUAACUUGCUUUAAAUUUUGUUAUUUUACGAAAAAAAUUAACUAUUUUUGUAGCACGACACGUAAUCUAUUUUUAUGGAAACUCUAACUAAACGCGUGUUCAUGUGUAUAUAAUGAAUGCAGGUUAGCAAGAGAAGUUACCAACAAAAAUUAUUGUAAAUAUAUUACCGAAAAGUAAAUAAACUUGAGAAAUUAAAA